UGGGGUUUUGGUUUCUAGUGAGGGAAAAAGAGAAUCUCUUAAAUCCAAUACCUAGAAGACGUUUAGGGUUGUCAUGUGUCCAUGAAGUUGAAAAGCUUUCUGUCCCACAUUAGCUUUUCAAUAAUUUGAUACUGUCGAUACCGUCUUUCUGCCUUUCUGUAAUCAGAGAGCAGAAUCAGAAACCCAGACUCUCUUUUUCUUAUUGGAAUAUCUAUUUAUCAUUGAAGAAAGUGAAAUAAUAGAGUUGUGGAUGUUUUUCCUCUGAAUUCAUUAACUUUUUCCUUCAAAUUCAAUACACUUUCUUUUUGGGUAUAUUCUCCUUUUAACAACACUAUUAUCCUUAUCUUUAUAUCGGAAUAUGGUUGGUUCCUGAUUGGAUUCCAAUUGAAUCUUAGUGUGAAACCCUAAUUGUUUAAUUUCUGUUCUGCCUUCUUCAUCUUAAUUGAGAGACUUGCUUCUUCCUUUCUAGAUGGAAGUCCAAAAUACCCAACCUGGGCAUAUCAUUGAAAUAAGCAGAGACGUGAUAUCUGAAGGAUCAAGUCAUGGGACUACCAAAGUUUGCAGUGGAGCACCUUGUGGCUUUUCUGAUGUGGGGACACUUUCUAAGGAUGCCAAAGAACGUGCAGCAUCCAUGAGGAAGCUUUGGAUUGCUAUUGCCCUCUGUGUUGUUUUCAUUACUGUAGAAAUUGUUGGUGGUCUUAAAGCUAAUAGUUUAGCAAUUUUAACUGACGCCGCUCAUCUCCUAUCAGAUGUUGCAGCUUUUGGUAUCUCUUUAUUCUCUUUGUGGGCGUCAAGUUGGGAAGCAACUCCACGACAAUCUUAUGGUUUCUUUAGGAUUGAGAUCCUCGGGACUCUUGUUUCAAUCCAGAUGAUAUGGCUGUUAGCUGGAAUAUUAGUAUACGAAGCCAUUGCUAGAAUCAUCAAUGAUACAGGUGAAGUUCAAGGGUUUUUAAUGUUUCUAGUUUCUGCUUUUGGUUUGGUGGUUAAUAUUGUCAUGGCUGUUCUGUUGGGACAUGAUCAUGGACAUGGUGGGCAUGGUCAUGAUCAUGGUGCACAUGGUCAUGAUCAUGGUCAUGGCCAUGGCCAUAACCAUAGCCAUGAUGUUCAUGACCCUCAUGCACAUACCCACAGUCAUGACCAUGAGCAUGAUUCACACCAUUCAGAGCCAUUGCUGAAAUCUUCCGAAGAUGGUAAUAAUACAAUAGUUGUGGGUAAAGAGAAGAAGAAAAGGAAUAUCAACAUACAAGGAGCUUAUUUGCACGUUCUUGGUGAUUCAAUUCAAAGCGCUGGGGUUAUGAUUGGAGGAGCAAUUAUCUGGUAUAAACCUGAAUGGAAGAUAAUCGACUUGAUUUGUACACUCAUCUUCUCGGUAAUUGUGCUUGGAACAACAAUCAGAAUGUUGAGGAACAUAAUGGAAGUUCUUAUGGAAAGUACACCACGAGAGAUUGAUGCAACAAUGCUUGAGAAAGAUUUGUGUGAGAUGGACGAAGUUAUUGCUAUUCAUGAACUUCACAUUUGGGCCAUCACUGUUGGGAAGGUACUGUUGGCAUGUCAUGUUAAGGUAAAGCCUGAUGCUGAUGCAGAUUUGGUGUUGGACAAAGUUAUCGAUCAUAUUAAGAGGGUUUACAAUAUAAGCCAUGUAACUAUACAGAUAGAACGUUAGGAGUGAUCCAUGAGUGUUGGAUUACGUACAACUUGAGUCUUGAAGUGUUGAGUGUAGUGUUUAUACUUCGGUUUUGUCUCUAUUUUCUGAUUUUAACCUUUCGAUUCAUUUCAUAAUAACAGCCUCGGAAAAUUACUCUUUUGCUUGUUCUCCUUCUGGAUGUACAUAACUUUCAAGUUUCAAUCUCAUGAAUCAUUGGCACU